AUGUUUGGCGGGGGGGUUCAUGAAGGCACUGGCCUGCAGGGGGCGCUGCCAGUGCCCGUAUUCGAGGCGCUGCACAAGCACUUUGGAGUGAGCUUCGAGUGCUUCGCCUCCCCCCUCAACAGCUACUUCAAGCAAUUCUGCUCUGCCUUCCCAGACUGUGACGGAUACUUUGGGUCCCGAGGCCCCUUCCUGAGCUUCUCUCCAGUCAGCGGCUCCUUCGAGGCAAACCCCCCAUUCUGUGAAGAGCUGAUGGACGCCAUGGUGUCUCACUUUGAGGACCUGCUGGAGCGCUCGAGUGAGCCGCUGUCCUUCAUCGUGUUCGUCCCAGAGUGGCGCGACCCCCCCACGCCCGCGCUCACCCGCAUGGAGUCCAGCCGCUUCAAGAGGCACCAGCUCACCGUGCCGGCCUUCGAGCACGAGUACCGGAGCGGCUCCCAGCACACAUGCAAGAGGGAGGAGAUGUACUACAAGGCAGUCCACGGCACUGCCGUCCUCUUCCUCCAGAACUCUGCCGGCUUCGCCAAGUGGGAGCCGACAGCCGAGCGGGUCCAGGAGCUGCAGGCGGCGUACCGCGUCUCCGGCCGGACCCUGACCUCCCCGGGCCCUGCGCCCGCCACCGGCACGGGGGACAAAGAGCUCGAAACGGAGCGCGAGCAGGGUACGAGCCAGGAGACACCCCUGACCGGGGACACCACACCCCCCCCUGGGGUCACGCCAGCCCCCGACCCAGCCAGCAUCUGAAAGAGGGAAACCAGCCUGGUCAGGCAGGCCCUGUGGGGUUCAGUAGGGACCCUGUCCCUGCUGAUCUGUGCUUGUUUUUAAAUGAACUGACGAUUCUGUUCUGGCAUUUAACACAGCGUGAUUAUCUGACAGCGCCCCCUUCAUUUGAAAUGCUCGGAAUAAGACUUUAACUGUGCCUGGCUUAUCAUUUUCACUGAUAAAACCAGCUGGGCAACUUUUUACUGCUGUGUUUGGGUUGGAUUCUGUCCCGUCCUGUUACAUCCCCUAUGUACCUCUGUACCCUGACACAUAAAAUAAUUGAGAUGGUGAGUGUUCGGGCAGCUAUGUAUGUGAACUGACGUUAUCCAGGCCCCUGUCAAGGACUGGUGUAUACAGGGUGCUGAAAUUACUACAGAAACCCUUUUCCCUUUUUUCUCUUCUGAUGAGCCAGUAGAUCAGAAGGAUCGUGAACCUCAGCAGCAGACCCAGGAGGAGACCAUGUUGGGGGUGUUUUUUUUUCUUUGAGACACUUUACUUUAGAAACUGCUGCAACAAAACGAGACACCUUUCAGCAACGAUUGCUCUUCACAGGUCGUGACUGAGAGCAGAUAGCAAGCAGGCUCCCAUUGCAGUGCAGUUCGGUUCAGUCGAGGUUUUGCAGGUCCUGUCUGAAAGCA